AUGAUCACCUUCAUGGACUACAUCGUCCAAGCUUUCGGGGCCUCGAGCGAUUGGAACCCAGACAAUAGCUACUCAGCCUUGACGGCCACAUCAGACUCUCUGUUAUCCUUCGAGACGCCCAAGACUCUGUCGCUACAUGCCUCAUCUUUGAGCAGCAACAACUUUGCUAGCUCCUACAGGCUGUCAACACUCGGCCACAUCGAUGGGUCCAUAUCCUACUUGUACACUAGUCAUGCUCUGGGGCAAGUCGCUGCACGGAGUCCGAGUAUACCGCUCAGAAACCUGGUCAGAGGGUACCGAGAUUUGAGGUUGCCGCAAGUCCCCGUAAGCGGCGUGUGGGAGUUGCCCACUGGGCGGAAACCGACACUGUUAUAUGCAACACUGGCCCUGCCUCCGCCGUCUGUGCUGAAUGCGCUCUAUGUCCGGCGUAUCAAUCCUGAGACGCUCCUAUCUCUGUCUCUGUAUAGCAAGUCAUCAACGACACCUGUUCUCAACGGUGGCAGCCCUCCUGCAUCGGUACUGGCACAUCUGCAGCGUGAUACAGGGCAAUAUUCGGUUGAAGGCCUUCUUUCCACAGACAGUGCAUUGUUGGGAGCUCGUGGUUUGUGGAACUUCGGGGUUUCACCACCUCCUGCCGCCCCCCCGUCGACUCCAGCCGACUUUGACCUCAAGAUCCCACCUUCCACCGAUGCCUAUCUGCAGUACCGCAACCGCCUGGCGUCCAAGCCAUCCCUCCUUUCCGCUGGUGCCGAAUUCUAUUAUUCACCCCUGUCUCACGUAAUCGGUAUGUCCACAGGUCUCCGCUUCACGACUCUCGCCCCUCAUAUAAUGCCCACACCGUCGCACUCGUCGCGCGGCAAGCCGUUUACCGGCACCGCCGCCUCCCUCCUGCUGCCGUCCAAUAUCUCACACUCCUCUUUCCCGUACACCAUGACCCUGACCCUCAACCCCCUCGUCGGUGGCAUCGCUUCUACAUACUCAGUGCGCCCGACUCCGAACCUGGCACUUUCGUCCCGAUUUGAUUUCAAUUUCUACUCAUGGGAGUCCCGAUACGUCCUUGGUGCUGAAAUAUGGCGCGGCUCUCGGGGUAGUCGGUCAAUCUCUCCGGAAAACCCUGUCUACUGGGCCAAGGAACGGCUAAGAGGAUGGUUUAGCCCAGAGGAAAUGGCAUUGAAGGAGGAGAGAUUCGAAAGGGAAGACGAGAAUGUGUUGAAGGUGGGAGUGGACGAUGGGUGGAGCGUAAAAGCUCUUUGGACAGGUAGAGUCAAGGCAUUGCUGGUAAGUGCAGGAGUAACUGUUUGUCCUGAGCCGAGGAAGGUGGGAGCGGAUGCUGGGACGCCAUGGAAGGGCAGCUUCGGAGUCACUGUUGCUUAUUCGACAUGA